UUGCGCUUUUUCUGGAUGACGUCAUAUACUUUUCCACCAACGAAAGCUUGUAGUUUCCAUGCUCCUAGACAUACAGGUAGAAUUGGCAUUACACGUUAUAGGGAAGGUACUGAGGUCAGUAGUCGUUUAGAGGGAUUGUUUGAAAAGGCCUGCUUUUGUAUGAGUCAGAAAACAGAGAAACCAACGCUAUCAGGUCAACGUAUUAAGACCCGUAAAAGAGAUGAAAAGGAGAAAUACGAUCCUACUGGUUUUAGAGAUGCCAUUAUUCAGGGUCUUAAUGAAAGUGGGUCUGACUUAGAAUUAGUGUCAAAAUUCUUAGACACUGCAGGGUCCAAAUUAGAUUAUCGUCGUUACGGAGAAACUUUAUUUGAUAUUCUUCUUGCUGGUGGAAUAUUAGCACCAGGAGGUACUCUAGCAUUAGAUGUGGAUCCUCAAAAAACCUCACGAACUGAUGUAUGCAUAUUUUCGGCUGCAAAUGAUUUGGAUACCUUGAAAAAUUUUGCUCAGGUGAUUACAAAAGUUAUUAGGCGUUAUAAGUAUUUGGAGAAGACUUUAGAAGAUGAAUUUAAAAAGGUGCUAGUAUUUUUAAAAGGUUUUUCACCAGUAGAGCGAGAAAAAUUAGGAAAAGUGACUGCAAUACUUCUUGCAGGUGGCCAGAUACCACCGACUGUGCUUCCCAAAGUGCUGCAAGAUCAUCUGGUUAAAGAUGGAAUUGCUCUAGAAUUCAUUGUGGAAGUUUUUAAAACAUGGCUUGGAGAAAAAGAUAGUGCUACUGUUUGGGCAUCCCUUAGAAAAGCUGGAUUAGAUUCUCGGUUAAUGGACUUUUUCCCUGUGAGUAAACGAAGCACUGAGAAUUUGAACAGCACUUUCAAAUCCAAUGGCUUAAAUCAAUUGUUAGAAUACUUGAAAGCUCAGGAGAACCAGAAUGUGAAAAAGGAACUUCAGCAGCAUGUUGGACAGUUAUUGAAGGAUGGUGCACAAGUGAAAGAAAUAAUUCCUGUUGUUAGAGAACAGAUGAAAAAAUACUCCUUACCUGAACCAGAAGUUGCUGUUUUAUUAUGGACAUCUUUAAUGACUAUGAUGGAAUGGAACAAAAAAGAAGAGAUGGUACCUGAACAAGCUGUGAAACAUUUGCGGCAGUACACUUCAUUGUUAUCAGCUUUCACUCGUAAUGCUAAAGCAGAACUUGCUCUUCUUGUUAGAGUGCAAGAAUAUUGUUAUGAUAAUAUGAACUUCAUGAAAGUGUUUGAGAAAUUUGUUGUCCUGUUUUAUAAAACUGAAGUUUUAAGUGAAGAUGUGAUACUGAAGUGGUAUAAAGAGGCUCAUUCUCCAAAAGGAAAAAGUAUAUUUUUAGAUCAGACACGAACAUUUGUAGAGUGGCUUCAGAAUGCUGAAGAAGAAUCUGGUGGAGAAGAUUAAGAAUCUUUAAUUUCAUGAGAGCAAUAUUACUGUGGACUCUUGCUCUUUAUUCUGAAGUCUAAUCAUGGAUACGUUUAUUAAGACUUCAAGCCAACUGUUAUGUUACUACUUUUAUUGAUGAAAUCACCCUGUUGGCACCUUCUCAUCAUUUUAAUGGAAAAAGAAAACAUUUUAUGAAGAGAAAAAUAUUUUUGUAUGAGUGAUCUUGACAUUAAAUACUCAUAACGUUUUCAACAUUUAAGGAACUAGGUCUAGGUGUAAUUUACAUUUACUGCAUUUACAAGGAAAUGAAAUACUCUUAUUUAUUGCUACAUUUACAAAAAUAUAAUGAAGAAAAAUCAGCCAUGAUGAUACACUACUACAUUUGAUUUAAAUUAUAUGAUUUUCUGUGAUGUAUUAUUCUUUCUUAAAUCAAAAAUGCUUGUUUCUGAGGAAGGUGGCCUUUUGCCAUAUUUUUUAUUAACUUUAGAUAUGUGAACAAAAGUUUUAAAUUGUGGAAUGAUAAAGGCACUUUUGUACUAGCCUAGAUAUAAACUUUGUGAUAUACUCUUAAAAUUAUUUCUGUGAGAUACCUUUUUAUUGACUGUGUGGUUUACUAUUUUUAUCUAUGACUUAUUCAUUUUUAAAAAUACUGUUUAGACUGCAGAAUAUUCAUUACUGCGAAAUAAUGUAAAACAAAUCUAUUUUAAUAUAUAAAUUGACAUGUUAUAUCUCCAUGUACUGAAAUUAUACUGGCAAACAUUUUAGUGUAGUUGGCUAAUCUACUUAAGAAAAUAUUAUAAAGAAUUUAUUUUGUAUAAUUUGUUAGAACUGAAAUUUGUAAGAAUACAAAAGUUGAAAAUAUUUCAUAAAUCAAAUUUUUGCCCGUAUUUUUUCUUCCUCUCUGAAAUAAAGUAAAAAUAUACUAAUAUAUGUGAAAAUUCAGAAUGUCUCAAUUAUGCUUAUGUAACGAAUUUCCAUAAUACAUGUGUUACAUUUUCUAUAUGAAUUUCUUUAAAGCCAGUAAUAUAAUUUGAUAUAUUGAUGUUUUCAAUGAUAUAAAGUCUGCAUUAUAUUUUUACAUUAAUUUAUAUUAGGAAUGCAAUAUUAUGAAGAUCUGUUAGGUAGUUUUUAAGUCUCUUUCAAAUGUGAAUCUCAUUUUCUCUUUUCAAUGAUUCUUUUACAAAAUAUUAUGUGUUAAGAAUGAGAAGUUAUAAAACAAACACUACGUGUGAUUUGAAAUGAUUGACAAACACAAAAUUUGUUUCUGUAGUAACUGACUGAUGUUUUAUUGUUGAUGUAAGUGUGAGUUGCUUAGAAUUGUGUUAAUAAAGGUCUUGAUGUUA